GGUAUGGAUGUCCUUUUGUGCAUAAAGGAUUUGUUUAUUUAAUCUGCAUUACAUGGGAAGCUUAAGUUUUCUACCAGAUUUGUGCUCGGGUUUUUAUAGGGUGUGGGUAUAUGGUGGUUACUCUGGAGAUUUGUCUCCGUAAUUAACUUUGGAGCUCUUGGCAGGGAAGGAAGACGCCAUACUUAUUGAUGUUCGGCCUGAGGCAAGAGAGUAAAAAAAUAAAACAAGAAUUGGAGCUUGGCUGUAUCCCUUUUUCAUAACUAUGGCUUAUAUUCUUCAACUUUAUUCAGGUUGAUGGCCAGUAGGGAAGCUUUUAAAGGGUGGACGGAUCUUGAUGACAUCUUAACUGCUGCAGUCAUUCGAAACUUGAAAGCUGUACAUGACAGGUACCAGGUAAUGGUUAUGGAUGCUGAUGGUUCUCGUUCUAAAGGCAUCGCAAGAUACUUGAGAACGCUUGGGGUUAAGAGACCAUACUUGGUCCAACGUGGCUUCCAGUCUUGGGUAAAACAAGGUAUCCAAGCCAAGGAGCUGAAACCUGAGACCGUGCUAACCAUACUUAAUGAGCUUGAACUUUGUUUCAAAGUGGGAGAAGACCUUACAAUUUAUUGCCAUCAUUGGCCUCAGUCAGGCGUUUGCUCUCUCCUGUUAGACUUGGAGUCCAGACAUUUUCAUGGGCAGCAAGAAAACUGGAAAACAACCGCAUUGGUUUACCUACAUGACCUUCAUCUUCAGAUGUUCAAAACCGGGUGCUGCAAGCUGCUGCAAAGAAUGAAUCCCAACCAUCUGAAACUGAAGUUCCGAAUCCAUCACCUGAAUCAGUGACUCCAUUAAGGCCAUGUUUGUUUCCCGGAAAGUAAUUUCCGGAAAACCACUUUCCAAACUUUCCCGUGUUUGUUUGUCAUUAGAAAAGUUGGUCAACAGAAAACACUUUCCGGUCAACUAAAAACACUUUCCGGUAAAAAAAAAAAUUUGGCUUGGUUUUCAGGAAAGUGUUUUUCUUUUUGGCUGUGUUUGUUUUCUGGAAACUGGUUUCCGGGAAAUCACUUUCCAAACUUUCUUGUGUUUGUUUGCCAUUAGAAAAGUUGGUCAACGGAAAACACUUUCCAGUCAAAGGGAAAUUUGGCUUGGUUUUCAGGAAAAUGUUUUCCUGGAAAAUUUGGGCGGAAAACACUUUCCGGAAGUUGUGAAAAAUUUAGAAAUGUCAUUAUUUGCUGAUUAUAUCAAAUUUGAUCCUUAAACUUUUGAUAGCUAUAUAUAUUUUGUUUUGAAUAUUUAUUUUUCAAUUUCAUCUCUUAAAAUUUAACUUUUAUAUUAACUUUGGUUCUUAUUUUUAUAAUUGCUAUUUGCUUUUUCCUUAUUAUUUUUUUAUUAAAAUUUUUUAUUUAUCAAAUUUGGUCAUCAUUUUUUUAUUGUUACUUAUUUUAUUUGAAAUAAUUUAUGAAAUGUUGAUUAUUAUUAUUUUAAUUUCUUCAUCUUUUAUUUUUUUUUUAAUUUUUUAGAUUUGGUCUCUAUUAUUUUGAUUAUUAUUUAUUUUAUUUGAGAUAAUAUAUGAAAUUAUAUUUUUUUUUCAAUUUCAUUCUCAUUUGACUAUUUAAUUUGUAAGAUUUGUUCCUUAUUAUUUUAAUAAACUUGAGAAAAAUAAAAUAUUAAUAAGUUAUUUUUCAGCUCAUUUUCUAUGACAUAACCAAAUACUAGAAACUGUUUUUCAAUUUAUUUUCAUUACACUACCAAACAUCAAAAAAUAAUUCACUUUUCUGGAAUUUAUUUUUAAAAAAAUAAAAAUUACAUUCCAGCAAACAAUCUAAAUGAGAAAGUAGAUCUUUCAGAAGCAUAGUCAUCGAGGCGGCAUUUAUUGGAGUGUGGGGUGUAUAAUUAUUGGAGGCCGCAUUAAAUCUAAGAAGAUCACUUGGCUAAAUCUAAGAAGAGGUCUAGGUUGUGGCGAGUAAUUAAUCUCGUAAACACACUUGUAACUUUCAGAGGCCUUAAAUUUUGUCAAGAGAUUCUAUGGAUCCAAUUUUAUAAUGAGGUUGGUUAGCUGUAAAGGUCCCCAAUUCGGUUCAAAAAAUUUUGUUUGAAUUAA